AAACCCGGAAGUGACAGAUAAACAGAAACAAACAGCAGCUAGCAGGAGACGCGAACCACAGAUUACGAUAUUCUGAGGUUUUCUAAGAAAACUUGCGUGUUUGGAUUUUGACUUUCAUCAUGUUUUCUUUAACAACCUUGAAACAAAGUGUGUUUUUGGUCGUAUUUUUAUUGUUUGUUACUCCGGGUGAAUUCCAGUUUACGUCUCCAACGCCGCCGCCUACACCUCCCUGUUCCAUCAACAAGAACUGCGACACCUGUGUUCCACAUGCUAAGUGUCUCUGGUGCUUCUCCACCAACAACUGCACCGAGUAUCCCGUCACCUGGUUGCUGCCUCCAGCUUCUGUCUGCCCGCUUGCCCAGGCCCGCUGGGGCUUGUGCUGGUUGAACUUUGAAGCCCUGAUCAUUUCGCUCGCAGUGCUGGGUGGAACCAUCCUCGUCAGCAUCGCCAUCUGUUGCUGCUGCUGCUGCUGCAGGACGCGUUCUUCAAGGCCUGACAGAGACGAGGAGAGGUUUGCCAGGAGAAGAGAGGAGAUCAAACAGCGUUCUGAGCAACGGAAGGUGGAGAGAAAGACACGACACGAUGAAAUCCGCAGGAAGUACGGUCUGAUGGGAGACUCGGACCACCCGUACAGCAAGUUUGAGAACGAGUAGUGCAGCGGCGCUGGAGGAUCCAGAACUGCUGCUGCGUUUUAGCUGCCUUCUCCUGACUCGGACCACAAACACCGACCGAURGUGUCCACAGUCUCACACACCUGACAGCUCUUCAUUUACAACCCCGUCUUUAGCUUGUUCAGCUCACUGUUUUGUGUUGAAUGGUUUUAAACUUUCUGCUCUSUUUCUUGUGUUCUGAAAUGUUAGCAUCAUUUGUUUUAGAUCUGCGACUUUCACAUCAGUCUUUGCACUUUGUAAAUGAAAAAUACACAAUGUUGAUUGAAAAGGAGUGUUCCUACACGUGAAUGAAACCUGUGAAAUGUUUGUUUUUUUCCCCACAGAUUGUUAAAUGGUUGUGUUCUGAUGACAAUUUGUGUMAAUUGUGGCUGAAGGAGAGAUUUAGAGGACUCUUGAUCCUUCUGAGACCAGAGGAGGGACGGGGGGGGGGGGGGGUAUAUUUGUAAAAGGAUGAUGAAGAUGCAUCUGCAGGAAAAAGAUGUUAGAGAGGACAUGGAGACAGUCAGAGUGAGGACAGUGAUGGAGGAGGAAGACUCACUGUGGAGAGACCAGUGUCAACAUCUGAGAGAAGAACCUCAUUCAAGAUGGCUGCCACAUUUAAUUAACAUUAG